UUUUUCUUCCAGAGAAUAUUUUUAAUCACAGGCAAAAAAGAAAAUGUUUUUUUUUGAUAAAUUUCUCAUUAUGUUUAUCAAAAGAGCCACGUUCAUGACUGGAAUAUUUUUUUGCGAUUCAUAUCUGGAAAAGAAUGGGUUUAGGAUAAAUUGCAAAGAUUCACGAUGAGAUCCUUGAGCGAAUGUGUGGGAGCUGAAGAGGGCGUGUUCCUUUCCUUGGAAAAAAAUCUAACAGUAGGUGAAGUGCACCCAUAUAAGUUAUGACUCCGAGAUGCAAAGUUCAAAAGAACUUUCUGAGAGAACGAACGAGUGAAGGGACGGGAAACAAAAGAGAAGUACAUCGCCAAGGUAAUCUACUUUAACUUCGUUUCCAGUCUAAUGCAUUGCAGAAGGAAUAUUUUCUACGUCUUCUCUUGGUUUCGUUCUCGUUGAUCCUCACCACGACCGGGUCAUUACCACCCUUUGUGUAUAUUGGGCCUCGACUUUUCAUGAAAAAUCAUAUGUCAAGGUGUUUUUUCCGCAACGCUUUUAACCCAAGUUUUCAGGUACGAGGACAAAAAGCAACGAUUUGCGGAACAGAUCAAGAAAAUAGAGCCGAUUCUUUUUUUGGUUACAACAAUAAGCUUCAGAUGCGAGAGAGAGAGAGAGAGAAAGAGAGAAAGAGAGUUUGAAGAUGCCGCACAAGAUGAGAUGAUGAUGAUGAUGAUGGGAGUGUGAUUAUGACAUGCGACAAUGAGAUUUUUUUAAAAAAGAAGAAGAAGAAGAAGAAACGAAAGAAAGGGAGAGAAAGAAAUUAAAUCUUCCUUUCUUAAAUGGACCAACGAAAAUGCGCGAGUGACAUUGUGAUGAUUUUGUGGAUUGCUACCUAAUCGGACCUGUCCAAAAGGCGCAAAAACAUGCACGAGAGGAGACAACCUUCGGGACAUCCGGAUGUUUCGACUCGCAAUCUUCUUUUCUUCAUGGUCCUGAUUUCUUCCCUUUUGGUACAAACUCAUCAGCAACUAUCACGUCCAGUUUUAGAUUCGAGGCAAUCUUGGAUACAAAUUCCAUAUUAUCCGACGAAUUCCGUUUAUGGACUGCGACAACAGCAACAGCAACAGCAACAGCAGCAGCAACAACAACAACUGGCUCCAAUUUCCGGUAACGGAGCAACAGGUUCAUCGCUAUCAGCAUUAUCAUUGUUUCGUGAGAACAAUGUCAGAGUUCCGUCGCAGCCAAAAGUAAUCAGCCAUGAAGUGAACGAUGAGGAAUAUGUCGAUGAAGAUUACGAGGGUGAUCUUGAAUCUGAACAGGAUCCCAGAAGCUCUCGAGUUCAUCACGACUAUGAGAAUCUUCCCGUGAAAGAUGUAUUAAAUCACACCGCCAAUCUACAGACCAUUAAUAAAAAUGCAAACAGUAAAAAUAAUUCCUCUCAUCAGGCAAAUCAACACGAAGAUCCCGCUUCAGCUCAAUACGACUCCUAUUAUUACUACGAUGAUUACGAAAAUGAUACACAUUCAGCCGAUGCUAGUGUCGACUAUCCCGAUCCCUCGGCAAUCGACGAGAAACUUCAAUUACCAGGAGAGGAAAAACACAGUUUACAAGAAUCAAGUAAAAACGAUUCCAAGGCCAUAAGUGUAGAAAUAAAAUCUAAAAAUGAGUCCAAACCGGAAGACGAAAAGGUGGAAAAAAGUUCUCAAUUAUCUUUGGAUACUUUCGAUUCUCAAGUUUCGAAAAAUAAUUCUUCCUCGAGUCAAAUCGGAGAGUCGAAUUUGGAGAGUUCUGAAAGAGAAUAUGACGAAGAAGACUAUUUAGAUACUGAUUCUCAUGAGAGUGAUGUUGAUGAUUCCCUACCGAAAGGACCAGAGGUCGUAACGAAAGAACCCGAAAAUGAAGAAUCAUCUUCAUCCAAAUCGAUUUUAAUUGGAGAAGCUGUCGUUUCUGUGGUGACGACAAAAAGUGUGGUGAACGGUACAUUUUCAGUGCCAGUAACCUCAUCGCCAUUGAUAACCGAGCAAAUUUCCUCACCACCAACAUCGCCGAACUCACUUCUAUCCACGACAGAAAGUUCAUCAUCACUAUCAUCGUCAUCGUCAUCGUCGUCGUCCUCAAAAUCAAUCGAAAUCACCACUGAAGAUUCAUCCCGAAUUCUCGCCUCAGUUCAAACUAGUCGCAGUAUUUCCGGCGCUCGAUUCCUUCCCUUCCCCGUCAUUGAUCGUGUCGAGCAAUUCGAUCAAAGCAAGGAGGAAGCCACCAGUAAAAAAGUCACAUCCUCCGAAUCGACCGAGAGCAUAAUUGACAAACUCGAUCGGGUUCAAUCGGAAUUAUCAAACGGUUUUCUCGCCGGCGGUUUUCGCAAUGCCGGCAAUACUCUGCAAAUGGAUGAGCCCGUGGAUGAUCAAUCAAAUCAAAAGCGCUACUCAACGAUAAAACCACCGGGUAAAUUUGUUCCCCGAAGGUACAGCGAUAAGAGAUUCUCCACUACGAGUGUCACUACUCCCACCACGACGACUUCCACAACUCCCACGACAACGACCAUCAAAUCCACCACAUCAAAGACGAGCACAUCGAGAUUCAAAUAUCAAACCACUCUCGAUGAUUUGGAGGGUUUGUUGCCGAAAAACUAUCCCAAGAGCAGUCUCAGGAGGCAAUUUCCAAAGAGCACUGCUACCACGAUUCCAGUCACCGAGGCGACAACCGCAAGAAGUACAACUCCUUCCAAGAGUGCCACAAUUCUCGAGGACAUAGGCGCCUUUUUACCACCAGGCUACAAAUCAAAGGACACCGUAACAGAAAAAACCACUCCGGAAUCAAAGAAUUCCUCACUGGCAAAUUCUCCAUCAAAAGACAAAUCAAUCAGUUCAAUUCAAGAUUUAUUUGCCAAGUCCGAAGUAGAUAUUUCAGCCUUUCUGCCGAAAAAUUUCAAGGAGCAAAAGAAUUCCACACAAGAAACGAUAAAUAAAAAACCACUUCAAGAUUUAUUCUUAAAAUCUGUCGUCAAUGUGUCGGCAUUUGUACCCAAAGAUUAUAAUAAAUCAAAAGGGCAAAAUACGACCAAGACGGAGCAAAAAUUAGUGAAUAAUAAUAAUAAUACGCUUCAAGAUCUGUUUUCAAAAUCAGAAGUGGACAUUACUGCUUUCUUGCCAAAAGACUUUAAUAAAAAAACUAAUGGUACUGAUAAAGUUGGAGAUGAAAAGACUGUAAAUUCUAAUGCCACGCCAAUUGCGACGACAAUGAAGACUGGGGGAAUUAAACUAGUCUUUCCAAGUAGACCUGGGGGACGGAAACCAAGUGCCAAAAUAACGACACCUCAGACACCAAGAGGCGAGGGUCCAGCUGCUGCGCAGCCCAAGAUUCAGAAAGGCUGGCCCACUAGAGCAACGACUGAAUUCACUGGAUGGCCAACGUCAUCAACGACUCCAAUUUCCAUUGAGAAAUUGUUGGAGGCCGCACGCACUGCAACUGCUUCAUCUCUCAAUAUAUCUCAGUUUCCCACAAUAAGCGAAGUCUCGAGUACUUCGACGACAACCACAACAACAACAACAACAACAACGACACCAAAACCAACGACCCCGGGUAUUUGCGACGAUGAGUGUGAGGUUGCGGGUACAAUUCGUAUAAUUGACAAUGCCACUUGGGUUCCCGAGUUGCUUGAUCGAAAUACACGAGAAUGGCAGGAUCUUGCAAACAAGGUCGAACGAGAGAUGAAUUUCGUUUUUGCAAAGUCUGCCGUUUUCAAAAAAUGGUUCAAGAAUAUAAGAAUCGAUGCAUUCAGCCCAGGAAGUAUUCUCGUCGAUUAUUUUGUGGAAUUGAAUAAUCUUCACGAAGGUGUUAAUACUCAACAAUUAAAAGUGAUAUUCCAUGAUUCAUUGAGAACCUAUAAUAAUCGAUUUAACGAAACAAAAACGAAGGGUCCAUUGAAAAUGGGAAUAUUUACCAUUGAUCCCAAGUUUACUGACUUUGUUGUGAUACCGAGGAUAAUGACUCCACAUUCAUCGGAACACGAAGAGAAAUUAAUUCCUCAAUGGGCAAUCGCUGUCAUAAUCAUUGGAAUCGGUGGAUUACUCUUCAUCAUCGUUUUUGGAGUCUCUGUGUUGGCAAAUCGACACAGUGCGCCAAAAUUAAAGCCCCCAGUGAUGGCGAUAUUCGAUGAGGAGGCAACGAAAAAUGUAAUUCAGGCGUCUCACGCUCCACCGAUGCAAAGAUCGAGCGAUUAUCACAAAGCGGACAUUCACACAAUGUGGAAUGACCCGAGCACUGCUUGGAAUGAUAAAUCCUUCGAGUCAAAUUCAAACAAGAUUUUAGUUGACGGAUCCAUGAUGGAGAAUAAAAAAUACAAUAUGUACGAUAGUUGGCGAUCUGAAUGGAAUGGAUAUUAUUAUAAUCCAUCACAUUCGAGCAGUAAAUACGGAGGAUACGACAGCAGCAUUAAUUUAUCUCGUCACCAUCAUAAUCAUCAUCAUAAUCAUCAUCAUCCGGACUAUGACACAAAUUUUUAACAAAAAGAAAAGAAAAAAUUUGACUCAAAUAAAGAAAACUUUGCAAAAAGUU